AUGGAUCUGCUGGUCCACGGCUUCGGUCAGGGACGGCAUAUGUACAACCCGUUCCCCAAGACCAAGCCGCCGCCACCGCGCAAGACGCCCAGGACCCUGCAGGAUCUCUGCCACCGCGCCGUCAUCCGCCAAGUCACGUUGCGAGGUCUCAAGGGACGUGCCCUGCCGUCGCUACCGCCCUUCAUCCGCAGGCAGCUUACGUCUCUGGAGACCGAAGACUUCGUGGAGGUCGAGUGCGCGCCAUUCCGGGACAUCUUCGACUUCAACAUGUACCACAGGGCGCUCACGUACCGCGUGACGUGUCCGCUCGACGGCUGCGAGUACAUGGCCGCCCACGUCGGCACCUCGGACUCGUCGCGCUUGUCCAUCGGCUUCUGGCGGUGGGUCCAGCUCGCGCAUCCGAACCUUAUGUGCGUCUACGCGCUGGCGCAGGACGCCCAAACCGCCAACCUCUUCCUCAUUAUGGACACCCCCGAAGCGACGCUCAAGAGGCUAGAGAUCUUCCUGGUGUCGCAUGGCCUCUGCUUUCCUGAGUACUUCCUGUGGAAGGUCGCGCGGCAGCUGUCCUCGGUCAUUAUGUACGUCGAGGGCCAGGGACUGUCUUUCGGACGGUUCGACCUCAAGAACGUCUACAUAGUACAGGACAGGCUGCUCCUGGACAACAAGCUUACUUGGAAGUCCUGGGUGGACUCCUUCUCCUUCAGGAACAGGGUACAGUCCAUCUUCCUCGGCGACAAGAUCAGCGUCGGCGGCCACUACGAGAUUCAGGCCAACUCGCCGUCGAGCACGUCGGUUGUGUGCCUCGGGUUUGUGCUCACCAAGCUCGCCAGCAUCGCCCUCGUAGACCGCAGACCGAGCGUGGGUAUCGCGAACGGUGGUGGAAUAAGCGGUAAGAUGCCGUUCUUCGACGGCUUUGACCCGCUCGUCCCCGAGGGUCCCGUGACCUACUCGUCCGAUCUGUUUGAUCUUUUGGUGGCUCUCCAUUCCACGAACCCGCCCACGCUUGCCGCUCUUCACGCCAAGGCAGUUGAAAUGAUGGCCCAGCUUGCGGCAAAGGACAGGGAAGUGGUGCUGGUUCACCGAGAAGCAGACCAAAGUUCGGACAACGGGGAGGUCGUGUCACUGUUGUAG